UGCACCAUGGCGCAUGCGCAACCGAACGGUGCGGACGGUGUCCGGGAAGUGCCAGGAAUCAGCAGCGGUUCCGGGGGCCGAGAGGCGCGGCGACAGAGUGGUUCAAUCAGUUGGGUUCUCACACUUUUCAAAGCCAUACUUUCAAAAAUGACCAGUCCUGCUAAUGCUGAGGCCCAGCUAUCUGAACUGGAACUACUGUUCAGCAUGUUUCCGAAUGAACUUUCAGUGGAUGAUCAAUUGGCCUUAAUAGAUCUCAGAGACUAUGUGCAGGGCAAGAUUCUCAUCCCACCAACCUCAAGACUGCAAUACACAGUACGACUACAGCUGGACACUCCUAAUGUAGUUUGUGCAUUAUCUUGUUCCUUUCCUCCAAAUUAUCCAGCAGUGAUACCAGAAAUUUCAACAAGAUCAGACGCUUUAUACAGAACACAGCAAGCGCAAUUAAAUAUGGACCUUCAUGAGUAUCUAAGACAAAAUUGUUGUGGUGAGAUUUGCAUGUUGAAUGCAAUUGAAUGGAUCAAAGACCAUGCAGCCAAAUACAUGAGUAAAGAAACUAUUGCAACUGAAAACAGACAACCUGCUGGAACCAAAAACGUAACUUGUACUCGACUCUGGAUCUACAGCCAUCACAUCUAUAAUAAAGAAAAGAGAAAGAAUAUUCUCGAGUGGGCAAAAGAACUUUCACUUACUGGGUUCAGUAUGCCUGGCAAACCUGGUGUGAUUUGCGUGGAAGGGCCACAGGAUGCAUGUGAAGAAUACUGGGCAAGAGCUAAACGGUUGACCUGGAAGAGGAUUCUAAUCCGCCACAGAGAAGAUGCUACAUUGGACAUCACAAACAAUGGCACAGAGGCUGCAAUGCAAAUGUUUCGCAAAUUUACUGAUUUUGAAGAAAAAAUAUUUGAUGUACGUGGUACCAAGGGAAAUCAUAUGGAUCUGGGACAACUGUACCAAUUUUUAAAUGAAAAGGAAUGUGGAGAUGUUUUUCAAUUGUACUUUGGUGUUGAAGGAAGAACGUUGUAAAUUAUUUGUGCAUUCACAACAUUCUAUAUUUAUAACAUGAAAACAAUUGUUUAAAUGUACCAUGAUAUGCUGUGACUGUUAUCGAAUUAAAUAUUACAAUCUAGUAUCCUAACCAGCUACAAACAUUAGAAGUCUGGUUACAUUUAUUAAAAAAUCCUCAGUUUUGAAUCAUCGGUUACAGCAGAGAAGGAUGCCAUUCAGCCUGUUGUGCCUUUGCCAGCUCUCUUGACAUGAUAACUUUAUUCAAUUGAUUUAUUCAACUAGCUACUUAAUGUUUUUGAUUGUACUGUAUGUUGCUUUUAUUUGUUUUGUAUUAAUUUAGCAAUCUUAUGAUUCCAAUCUUUAAUCUAUGAUUAUACAUAUCUAGUCAUGGUUAUGGUAGAUGUUUGGUUAAUUAAUCAAUGCCAGAGAAAAAGCUACACGUAUUGAAAACACUAACUGUAGUUUCUACCAAAGAUAACCUCUCAAAAAACAAAGUUAAAUUAAUCAAUUGUGAUAAUUUGCAAAACCAUUUAGCAGUAAUAUCUUCAAUUAAUUUAUAUUGAGGACAGUAAUAUUCUGAAUGGUAAUGAUUGGUAAAGAAGCCGUAAUGAUCAUAGCAAGUCUUUCAGAUUCAUCACCUGGAAUACUUGAUUAGGUUAAAAGGCUUGCUAUACUUAUUGUGUUUCAAAAAAGCAUUGUUUUUAUUAAUUACCAACAAUUCAACAUAUGGCCCAUUAUCAUAAACUGCUUGGAGAAGAUACAUGUUAAUAAACUGACAGUAUUCAAACAACAAUUUGAAUAUAAUGUUGAGCUCCUCAUAACUUACAGGGCUACCGAGCAAGAGCUGGAAAGUGGUAUUAGGCUAGAUAAAUCUUUUUCACCUAUUUAGACACAGUGGGCUGAAUGUCCUCCUGAAACAUCAACGUAACAUCCACAGGUAUUUCCAGAAAUUUCUGUGCCAUAACUUUUCUAUAUAGAAACUUUUUGUAAUAAAUGCAAUGCUGAAUUUUC